AUGCUGCUGGGGGUGCUGCGUCUGAGGUCGGAGGGUGCGGAGUCUGGGGGUGCUGAGCCUUGGGGUGCUGCUUUGCCUGGAGGUCCUACUGGUGCUUCGCCGCGACUGUCCUCGCAGCAGCUGCGUGAGUGGCUUGUUUGGCGCCCGCACCGUCUGAGUGGGGCUCCCGGAGCUGGAGGGGCUGGAGACACAGGAGCUGGAGGUGCUGCUGUUCCUACUGGAGCUGUCAGGACUGGUGGUGUUGGGUGCGCAAGAGCUGGAGACCCUACGGAGCCUGGAGCAGCUGGCGCUGUAGGCGCUGGAGCUGGAGUAGCUGGAGUUGGGGGCCCUGGUGCAGGAGGCGCUGGGGCUGCAGGAGCUGGAGUUGGAGGCACUGGCGCCGGAGGCGCUGGAGCUGCAGGAGCUGGAGCUGUUGACCCUGGAGCUGGAGGUGCUGGAGACACUGUGCGGCCGCGACCGUACUUCGUUCCCCUACUUCAGCAAGUUCUUGGUGUCCCGUCUACUGGUCUUCCUCCUCCCUUCCUGUGUCCACCGCCUGACCAGUCGCAGCCGCUGUUACAGCCAGCCUCCCCACUGCCUGCUCCCUCUCCUUACACUGAGCAGUCCGGCGGUCUUACAGAGCGUCGUGAGCCUGCGUCUCGUCCUGUCUCGCCUGUUCGCACUGCUCGUCGCGCUCGUCAUUCGCGUCCUCCUCCUGUCCCCGGCAUGCACACUAUGGCACUCCGUCCUUCCUCUGUUCCACUGCGUGUACCUCUACCUGCUCCUCCUGAGUCCUCUCUUCCUGAGGUCCCUGACCCUGAGUCUGACCGAGCGCGUGCUGCCAGUCCCACUGUCGCUCGUCUCCUUGCCACUGCUGUCACUAACCCGUACUUUGAGUCUGCUGCUGCGUCUGCUCUUGUAGCUGAGCUGCUUGACUUUGCUGCUGCCAGCCGUCUCGACUACGCCACUGCUCUAGUUGCUGAGUCUGUGUCUGCCAGUCCUCCGUCCGUCGGGGGUGAGUGUGCUCUUGGCACGGACGUCCUUGAGGACAGGCAGGAGGACUUUGAGUGUCUUGCAGCUGCUGUACCUCGUUUCGCUUCCAUGCUGCUUGCCCUUGAGGGAGACCCGGAUGCUCCAGACAUCCCGACCCCGCGCUCUUACGCAGAGGCGAUUACGGGUCCUUACUCCUCUCAGUGGCAGGCAGCUAUGGAUGCCAAGAUGGCAUCCUGGAAGCCCACAGGCACCUACGUCGACGAGGUUCCCCCACCUGGGGCGAACAUAGUCGAUGGCAUGUGGAUUUUCAGGGUAAAGCGGCCGCCGGGUUCUCCGCUUGCCUUCAAGGCGCGUUACGUUGCUCGAGGCUUCAGCCAGCGACAGGGAGUUGACUACUUCCAGACCUUCUCCCCCACCCCGAAGAUGACCACUCUUCGUGUGUUGCUGCACGUCGCUGCUCAGCGUGACUACGAGUUGCCCUCCCUGGACUUCAGUACAGCCUUUCUACAGGGCAGCCUGCACAAGGAGAUCUAG